AUGGCUGGACUGAGUGGUGCUGAUCUUCGAGCACCGAUUUUCAAUGGAGAAAAUUUUGAUUUCUGGCAGAUAAAGAUGAAGACCAUCUUCAGAUCUCACGAUCUGUGGGAUAUGGUUGAAACGGGGCAUAAUCCUUCGGCGAAGAAAGUAGAAGAAGAACUCACUGCAGUUGAGCUAAAGCAUCUGAAGAAGAACAUGAUCAACGAUGCUAAGGCUUUUGGAAUUAUUCAAGGAGAUAUGUUAGAUGAAAUUUUCCCAAGGAUUGCCAUUCUGGAGACAGCAAAAGAGGCCUGGGAUAUACUGAAGCAGGAGUUUAUUGGAGAUAAACAGGAUGUAGUUGCUACUCUAAAAGGUUAUGAACAAAGGAUUGAGAGACACUCUGAAAAUAAUACUGAAAAGACCUUUGCUAGUUUAAGUAUAGCUCCCAUGAAGAACAAUUACAAUGGCAAUCAAAACUUUAAACCCACAAAGAACUGGCAAACAAAGGGUAAGAAAUGGGAUACCAAAUCUAUGCACCAUCAAGGAAAAUUUACUGGGUCUUCUGAUAGUGUCAAGAAUGCUUGCAAGUACUGUGAUAAACUUCAUUUUGGAGAGUGUUGGUUCAAAGGGAAACCAAGAUGCCGCAACUGUGAUAAGCCAAGGCAUUUUGCCAAGGAUUGUAGAUCUAAAAAGGUUACCCAACAGGAAAAUUAUGCUAAUCAAGUGGAGAGCAACCCAACUAUGUCCUAUGUGUGUAUGUCUGCUGCAGUGAAGAAGGGAGAAGACGUUUGGUAUGUUAAUAGUGGCUACAAUAAUCACAUGACAGGAAGAGAAGAUUUACUGGAGAACAUUAAUAGAAGUGUUACUGCCAAAGUUGAGAUGGGCACAGGGGAGUUGGUUAAUGAAGUUGGAAAAGGAGAAUUAAUGGUUGCAACUAAGCAAGGCAAAAGGUACAUCAAGGAGAUCAUGUUAGUACCUGGUUUAAAGGAGAAUUUAUUGAGCGUGGGACAGAUGAUGGAGCAUGGAUAUUACCUUGUGUUUGGGGGGAUUGAAGUCAGAAUUUAUGAAGAUUUUACAUGCUCUAAUCUGGUUGUCAAAAUUCCUAUGAAAGGAAAUCGAAGUUUUCCUUUGAAGUUGCAACCAGGAAUCCAAAUUGCUAUGAGGGCAAGUGUUAGACAAGCAGCUGAGAUAAGGCAUAGAAGACUCGGGCAUCUAAAUAUGAAUGCUCUAAUGCAACUCUAA